AUGGUUCAUAAUCUUUUUACUACAAGAUCACCUUCAACUUCUCCACCAGUCCUCGCUCGAUGGACAAAUGAUUUUGAUGAUAGAAGGUUUAUAGAUGCCUUAAUUUAUACUGCUAUCUAUAACGGUAAAGAUGCUGUCUUCUCUCUUAUUUCCCUUGAAGAUUGGAGUUGUGGAAUUUUAUCAACAAUUGGAAUGAUUAUGUAA